CGAAGAGUAAAUGUUGCCUUAUAGCAAUCUGGUUGGCCCCGACCCAUCCGUAGAAGACAUGCGACUGGUACUGAUGGUACAAGGAGCAAGACCGGAUAUACCCAUGAGAUGGAGAAGUGAUCAUAGGUUGAGAGUAAUAUCGGAAAUCAUUCAAGAGUGUUGGCAUCAAAAUCCAAGUGUUCGAUUACCUGCAUUGAGAGUGAUGAAGACGCUGCGUAAAUUGGAAGAUAGCGAAACUGUGGAAAACGGAAUCCAUCACGUCUAAAUGUCAAAAUAAGGCAGCGUGUGUAAUUUUUAGCGCCGUUUUUAAGACGACAUACAGGAUUAUAUUACUAUAUUUUACUCCAAGACUGCGUAGAUAGAAUUAAUUUUAAAUGUUAUUAUUAUUAUUAACUUAGAAAACGAACAACAAAUUGUUCAAUUCGAGUUAAUGAAACGUACUUACUUAACUCCUUAUGUAUAAAAAUAUUAUGUGUCAUUUGUAUUAUCGCAGUGUAGUCGAUUUUAUAUUUUGUUUAAAAUUAUUCUUGUAGAAUUUUUUCUCUCGUGUAUGAUGGCCAGAUAUAAUUGAAUAAUUUUACGACGGUUUCGAUUCAAUCUUAACAUAAUCAAACGUUCGUUUACUUCCUGCCCCUACCCCCCUUAUUUAUAACUAUCACAAAAUAGUACAAAACAACAUGUACGACAAAAUUGUACACGUGAUGUCUGUUUUUUUGUUUUUACCGUACGAGAGCAAUUUCAUAUAUUGUUUAGGUAGCCGAUAUCAUUUAAAAAAAACAUUUUUUUUUUUAACCAUUACCUAUACAUCACUUGUGUGUGCUCUCUCGCUAACAUUUAUUUAUUUUUCAAGUAUUUACAUGAUAAUGUUGUGUUUGUGUGUUUGUUUUUCCAAUGUAAAUAAUAUAUUCAACACAAUAUUAUGUUUUUAUAAUUUUUUUACUAUUUUUUGAGUUGUGUAAAAUAAUUAUAUAUAUUGUCGACAACGACUGUUGUUUAUUUAUUACACAA